AUGUGCCCAGGCCCGGCUAUCGGGGCCUCUCCGCCGCCCCGGCUCGCUGCCCUCCCAUCUCCCCUGCCCGGGGCUGCGCGGGCCGGGGGCGCGGAGCCAGCGCCGUGCCCGCCCCCGCCGCGGCGCCCCGCACAAAAUGGCUGCGCGGAGCCGGGGCCCAGCACGAGGGGGCAUCGCCCAUCGCCCGCCGCCGCCUCCCCCCGCGGCUCCUCUGCCCGGCCCCCGCGGGAAGCGGCGGCCGGCGCCGCCCGGAUGCGGGGCGGCGGGACACGCAAGCGGUUCCUGAUUUGUUGUACUGUUUUAAUGUACUGGUAUGCAAGAUUUCAACUGCCACUCAAGGAAAGGAGCAUCAAUAUCAUACAAUUUCUCAUAAAGGAGCUUACAUAGUCAACAAAGACCCCAAAUCUGUGAAAUUCCUAUACUAA